CUGGCUAGUAUAAACGAUGUCACUUUCUAGAUUAGGGCUUCUCGUCAGCAGAGUUAGACCGGGAGACGAACAACGAAGAUAGGAAAACAGAAAAGUCUUCCCCACGGUCUAGAUCUUAACGAACCUCUAGCAGGUUUUCUUCAUGUUAACUACUGGUUUACUACAUGCCUUUCUAUCUGCCUUCUCUUGUCUGUUCAAGGAUUCGGACAAGGUAUCUCCUAUUUAAGCGAAUCUUGAUAUGGCUCAUACGUAUGCGAUAAUCAUAUGAGAGAAUACUAUCAAGUGAUAGUAUGAUUGCGGCUGUUGACCCCGGUAUCCAUCCUGAUUGGGCUGGCCCAUGUUGUUCUGCACAGUUACAAUGAGGUCCAGCCUGAUCUAUCAUGAAGUAGGAUGGAUGUUAGUAUUUUUUUUAUUGCGGUAGGUAUUAUUUAUACCCUUGCCUGUCGUAUUGAAAACAUUGGGAAAGUAUACAAUACCUAUCCCGAAGCUCGACAGCUUUCUAUCGAGUCCGUAGGUAGCGUUGAAAGCCGUUGAAGGGGAAGCUUUCCAUCAUGUGGUCUAUUCAGCGCUUCUCAAAUCUAUCUCUCCUUUUGUUUAUCGCCUUUGUGCAUAUUUCUUCCGCUCAAUUAUUGGUUCCGAAUCCCAGCCAGCUCAAUGGAACAUGGCAAUACAGCGGCUGUUAUGUGGAUAUUGGUCGGACGAUAAAUGCGGCCUCCACCACGUCAGAUAACAUGACAUUAGAAGCAUGUAUUGAGUUCUGCGAUAACAAGGGAUUUGCCUAUGCUGGAGCUGAAUACCAUAACGAAUGUUACUGUGGUAAUGAACUCGCCACAGGGGCCGAAGAGGCGGCAGACUCGACAGAAUGCUCGACAAGUUGCUCAGGCAAUACCACAGAGGCUUGUGGUGGCCCUAAUCGGUUGACAAUGUUCUUCAACCCGUAUAUCACAGGGCCCCAGCCAAAUAUUGGUAUCGCGAACUGGACACACAUUGGUUGUUACUCUGAAGGAACUACCGGUCGAGGUUUAACGUAUGGCGCUUCCGUCCCCAGUGCGCAGAUGAACGCGGAAAAUUGCACAGCCGCUUGUCAAGUAGCGGGUUACAUACUCGCCGGCACAGAGUAUGGGGAUGAAUGCUAUUGCGGGAACUCAAUCUUAAAUGGCGCUGCACCGGCCGAGGAUGGCUGCGAUAUGACUUGUAAUGGAAACAAGUCAGAAGUAUGCGGUGGUUCUAAUCGCUUGAAUGUAUAUGAUUUCAACAUGAAGUAUACUCUUCCUAAGAGUAGUAGCUCUAGCUCCAUCGCCGUUAUAAUAUCGUCUACUAUUAGCUUAACGUCGGCUGCUACCUCUUCCAUACCCAGCACAACCGUCGUCUCCUCCGCCGCUGCGACUCCAACCGCACCGUUACAACCUUCGACCGUUGGUACUUAUAAUUGGUAUGGCUGUCAGACGGAAGCUACUAAUGUACGGGCCCUGAGCCUAUUCACUUACGCCGACGAUGCGAUGACGUUAGAUACCUGCGAAGCUUUUUGCAGUGGUAAAUCUACGACAUACUUCGGCGUCGAAUAUGCUCGCGAAUGUUAUUGCGGUAAUGAAUUCGGUACAGGUUCAACCAGUGCUCCCGCGAGCGACUGCAGCAUGCUCUGCGCUGGAAAUCAGUUAGAAUAUUGCGGAGCUGGCAAUCGACUGUCUGUCUACAUCAAGAAUGGGACUUCUAUUUCGACAUCGAGUAGUACGUCUAGUGGUGCAGGCCCGACAGGGACCGAUCCACCGACACCCGAUGCCACAGGAUUUCCCGACGGUUGGACUGAUCAGGGCUGCUGGCAGGAUGGACCGAAUGGUCGUAUCAUGCCUACCUACCAAGCCCCCGACGACGCAGCGUUAACACGGCAGAAAUGUGCGCAAGUCUGCUCUAGUAAAGGGUAUAAUGUAUCCGGUACUGAGUACUACACGCAGUGCUUCUGCAGUAAUGCUAUUUACAAUGGUGGAGUGCCGGAUAAUGAUACGACGAAAUGCUCGACCCCUUGUGGAGGUGAUAGCAGUGCUAUGUGCGGUGGUCCCGGAUACUUGAGCAUUUACGCAAACGGCAAGCCGCCCACCUACGCUGACCCUGCCCCAAAAACCAAUAUCGCCAAUUGGACGUACCAGGGUUGCUAUGAGGAUAACGUCAACAAUGCGCGAACUCUCUUCUGGGCGCUUACAUUUGCCAACACUAUGACCCCUGAACAAUGUUUAUCGAAAUGUGCCUCCUUUGGCUAUGCUGCUGCCGGCUUGGAAUAUGGCGAUGAAUGCUACUGUGGUGACCCGAUGGACGUCGACGCUUCAGGUUCUACGAAGAGGCCGGAAACCGAAUGUAAUGUCCUUUGUGUCGGAGACGCGUCUUCGAUUUGCGGAGGCGGUGCUCGUCUUUCGAUAUACUAUUGGACUGACACAGACAAUCCUCUCUACAUAUUCAACUACCCAGAGGGUAAUGACGCGGGCACGUACUCCAACUUGGUCGGUGGUGUAGUCACACCUUUAAUGACCAUGCAGUCUAUUACCGGCAAGGUCACUUUUCUGGAGAAAUGGGGAACCGGUGCGGCAAACAGUACUGGCGCCUACGAACUUGACCUUAGCCAGCUUGGUAAUUUCGAUGCUGCUUGGAGGACUAUGCACUUGAAGACUGACGUCUUCUGCUCCGCGGGUGUCAUUCUUCCUGACAAGGCUGGGCGGCAGCUCACUGUGGGUGGUUGGUCUCUUGACUCGACUUACGGUGUGCGCCUAUAUGCCCCUGAUGGAUCCGACGGCGUUAAAGGAACUAAUGAUUGGGAGGAAAAUGUUAACACACUCAAACUCCAGAGAGGACGAUGGUAUCCGAGCGCGAUGGUCAUGACCAAUGGAUCCAUUUUAGUUGUGGGUGGCGAGAUCGGUUCCAAUGAUAAGCCCGAACCUACUCUUGAGAUUCUUCCUCAAGUUGGCCCCUACCUUCACAUGGACUGGCUUGAGCGCACCGAUCCAAACAACUUGUACCCGUUCCUAGCAGUACUUCCAGGCGGUGGUAUUUUCGUUUCGUACUGGAACGAAGCUAGGAUCUUAGACGCAGGGACCUUCGCCACAAUAAAGACCCUGCCUAAUCUUCCUGGUGCCGUCAACGACGAUCUAGGCGGUCGAACCUACCCCCUCGAGGGCACAUCCGUCUUACUUCCCCAGUAUGCUCCUUACACCGAUCCCUUAGGGGUUCUCAUAUGUGGCGGUUCAACCACUGGCCAUUCCGCCAUAGACAACUGCGUAACGACGUUCCCUGAAGUCGCCAACCCGACAUGGACGCUCGAGCGCAUGCCCUCCAAGCGCGUGCUUACCUGCAUGGCUCCCUUACCAGACGGCACUUAUCUCAUCGCCAACGGCGCACAUGAGGGUAUCGCCGGUUUCGGUCUUGCCGACGAUCCCAACUACAACGCCGUCCUAUACGACCCCAAAAAGCCAGUCGGAUCCCGCAUGUCCAUCAUGGCCAACACGACCGUCGCACGACUAUACCACAGCGAAGCCAUCACCCUCCUCGACGGCCGCGUCCUAAUCUCCGGCUCCGACCCGCAAGACGGAAAACACCCACAAGAAAUCCGCGUCGAGGUAUUCACCCCGCCGUAUCUUCUCAACGGGAUAUCCCGCCCCUCCUUCACCAUCGCAAAUAAGGACUGGGGCUACGGCGACACCGUCGCCUUCGACCUCGAAGGAAACCCCACCGGAACCCUCCAAGUCUCCCUCCUCGGCGCAGUCUCCAGCACCCACGGAAACUCGAUGGGCGCGCGCACCCUGUUCCCCGCUUUCAAGUGCGACGGCACCGUGUGCACCGUCACCGCCCCGCCGAACGUCAACAUCGCGCCUCCCGGCUGGUACCAGAUGUACGUUCUUGAGAACGGCGUCCCUGCCGUCGGCACGUAUGUCAGGAUCGGCGGGGACCCUGGUCAGCUUGGGAAUUGGCCGCCUGGGGAUGACUUUACGAGGCCGGGGGUUUAGAUGUGGGGUUGGAUAGGGAGAUUACCCAUGCUUGGAUGGAUGUGUUUGGUAUUCUAGUGUUUGGGUAAGGUUGGUUACGGGUUACGUAUUUGGUGUUGGAAAGUAAUUCCGGUUUUGGCAAGGGAACGUUCCUGAGGGACGGGCUUUGUAAUGGUGAAAAGGGGAGAGAGGGUGAGUUGAUUAGUUAGGUAGGGUGGUAGUUGGUAUUCCACUUUUGUGGGUUUUAUGAAGAAUCGAUUUUUAUAAUGAUUAUUAGGUACCUAUCUAUUCUUUUUAAGUUGUGUGUGUAUACCUAAUGAAUAGGUGGCUUAUCGGUCUUGACGAAAAGAGGCGUUUGAUGCCUUGGAUUUACACCGGAUUGAGCGGUGCUGGCAGACGGUACGGCUUGCACUUGUCAGAUAGGCACGUAGGUUAUUAGAAGGCGUUUGCGCCUUUCAAUAUAUAGGUACCUAUAUAUAUUUAAUGAC